GACCUCAGCAAACUCAAACUAAAUCUUACAAGGGGGACCUUCAGUAAUUUGACGCAUUUAGAAGUGCUGUGAGUAUCGCCUUUAUAUGUUAUUGUUGUCACACUUUACCUUAUCACGCCCUGGGCAGAAAUAACUAGGGCAAAAUAAAUCGUUGCGAGAGACUUAACUCAAGGGGCAUGUAUACAUCAACCCACGGCCUAGCCGCCCCAGUAACUCACGCAUGCACACAGCUGUAUCAUAUAUCGCUCGGUUGUCUUGGGCGCUUACCACAAGUCAGAGCGAAAAGGAAGGCCGUGCCUUCCGAAAUAUUGGUAAAAAUAUAUAUAUAUUCCCAACUGUAAAAUCAGCCAUGCCUCUUUGGUUUUAUAUUUUCACUUAUUGCUGCUUAGAUCCUUCAUUAGGAUUCGGUCCUUCUUUUUUAUAAGCUGGUCCUUGCUUAGCCCGCGAACAGUAGACGCAUUUCCGGUCGUCGCUUCUCUCCCUCCACGACCGGAAAUGCGUCUGCUGUUCGCGGGCAAGUCCUUGCUUUGAAAAUUGAAGAAUGGAGGAACUUCUGUUAAUCCGUUUCAAAAAGCUUGUUUUAGAUAUUCAUUGAGAUUAACAAGCAAUGGAAGGACAAACUUGGUAAAAUAUAAUAUAAAAUAAAUCAUUAAGCUUAUAUGGAAGGACCCGUGCUAAGGUCGAAUGUGAUUUUUGAACUGAUUUUAGUAAAAGGGUUAUGACCUCUCUCCAUUUAUUUAUUUCUUCGUGACCUCUACUUGAAAAUUUCAGUUUACCUUUGUACCUGUUCUACUUUUCUUUUAGGAACCUCUCAGUUGCACAUAUAUCUGAGAUACCAGCGAACACCUUCAAAGGUCUCGCAUCUCUAAAAACCCUGUAAGUAUUUAGCUGAUGAAGCAGGGCUGGAAUUAUGUUUUUUCCACUUUGUCCUUACUGAAACUUAGUAGACCAGCCCCAAAUGAGCUCUCCACAUGAAUUAAAUCGAUGAGCAAUAUUCAAAUUGGGGAAAAACAAUGGCAAAGAGCGGCAAAGCAAACCACGAGGGCAAACCUCUGUGGCAAUGAGACAAAUGCGCAUCCGCAAGGCGAUCAUCCGCUGAGGAACAGAAAAUCUCCCAGUUAACCAUGAUUAUUGAUCGUCUCAUUAAAACUUUUCUUGGGCGGCACUGUUAUUAAACUCGGACUUUCAAAAUCAGCCCAAGGUCUGCGCUCCAAAGUUUGACUUAUGGUCUGAGAACUACUGACAAAUAAGUAAAUAGAUUUGUAAAAUGUCAUAAGAACUGUUCUAAACGAUGUUACAAGGAACUUUUGAUUUGACAAAUAUCUAUUCUCUCGUUAUCACUGACAGGGAUUUGUCUAAUAAUCAACUUGUGAUGCUGUCACCGUCUUUCUUUGAUGACCUGAAAUUUAAUAACAUAACCCUGUAAGUAUGAAGUCAUUUUCCUUCAGUAUCAGUGCAAUAGAUUAGGAGUUGAUAAACAUCCUCAAAGUUCAUGCUCAGGUGAAUAUAAAGUAUAUGAAAAGUAAAGAACACUCGUUGUAGUCUGCGUUAAAUCUGAUUUAACUUAACUUAUUUAUUAGCUCAGCCAAUACUGGUUGCGACAACGUAUAGACCCCUAUCAGUCCCAAUACCCGCACCACCCAUGAAAGAUGAGGUUAACUUGUCGGCAAACACUCCAUUAAAUUUAAGCAAAUCAACUCACAAGUAUAAAAGUGAUUUUCUACAAGGUACUUUGGCCAUUAUGAAACGAUUGCGAUUGGCACUGAGUCGGUGUUGGGUCCAUUGCAUUAUGGGUUAUUUUUGGACGAAUUUUGACCCAGUUUCCUGCGCAUCCUCGCAACAGCCCAUAAAAGAAGCGAAAGCAAUCCCAUAGUGCAAUUCGACACAAAAUCAUCCCAGUCUCCUUCGAAUUUCUUAAACUAGUAUCAAUAUUCCUUUGUUAUUUCCGUAGUUACUUACAUAACAAUAGGUGGGACUGCAAAUGCAGUGACCGCGGUCUUUUGACGCUGCUUAAGAAACAUAACAACAUUAAAUUGGGAUCUGCACCAGCCAUAUGCCAUACACCAUAUCCACUCAAAGGCAAAAGAAUUGAUCAGGAAUGUGGUAAGCUUCAAAUCAUACCUCGUGUGAACUUUUAGUUUAGUUGCCUUACCGAGUGAAUAAAGCUCUUAGUAGAUUUCUUGACUGUUGAGGUUUGGUUUGCAAAAAGUAAACAAUUGAAAUAGCAGGAACAGAGAUCCUUACGUUUCUGCAUAAUAUAUUUAUUUCUUACAUGAGAAAAUGUAACUAAGUGAAUUUUUUAGACAGUUACCGAGUAUCUAAAAUACAUCUAUUUCUACGUUUCGUUGCUGGCCUACGAAUAAACAGCCGUCCCCUCCUGAGAGCGUGUUAGGGGAGUGCUUGCAGAUGUCUUCACGAACACACUGACAAUCACGUGCCACCUUGGCGAUGGUUAAAAGGAAAAACAACAAGAGAAGCAAAUAAAGUCAUAUACUUUCUCUUUACAGACCGAGACGAGUGCAUGGAAGAAAACGAUUGUGAUGAUAUGGCAAGGUGUGAAAACACCUAUGAAGGCUACAAGUGUUCUUGUGCGGCCAGAGGUUUUAAAGGAACAGGGAUAGAAUGUACUGGUAUGAUGACUAACUACCAACUACCAUUUUCACUACUAAUUUACUAAGAAUGCGAGGAAGACGCUAACACGCGCAAUGACUGGCAAUUUUCACCCUUUAACUUACUGUGACACGAGAAAGAACUCUAUACAACAGCUUUCAUAUGAACUGCCAAUCAGACUGUUUAGAUAGAAAUAUAUUUUUCUCUCUGUUCAUGAAACAUAACUUUGCAAGUUUUCGUAAAUACGUUUUCAAUUUUUCUUUAAAAUCAGUGUUUUACCGGCUUUUAACGUCUUUAAACAGAUAUCGACGAAUGUGCUGAUGACAGCACGACACAGUGUUCGAAGAUUGGAGGAAAAUGUAUCAACACACUGGGCAGUUACAAAUGUGAAUGCAAAACUGGAUUUACUGGGGAUGGUAAAAUAUGCAAAGGUAAACACGCGCAACAGAAAAAGAUAAGAAAUUUCUUUGUGAUCUCGUCUUCACUUACAAUCAAAAGACUAAAUGAAUAUUCAUAGCAGCUAUCGUCUCAGUACUAUUGACGCAAAGUUGGGAAGAAAUUGGCUGCGUUUGCAGUCUGAACAAAAAGGUCUGAACACUUAUUUUACCCGAGUCAACUUUGUGACUUACCGAAAAAUUAUCACUCUCGCCAAAGGCGGAGUUUCAAUUUGCCACAGACGGGAACCGGAGUCGAAAGAAAGUCGUCCCGCAAUGUUUUCUGGGAUCGUGACUGGGGACGCGCCUGUCAGCUAGGGCCUGUCUCCAGUAACAAAUCCCAGAAGUCUUUUCAAAAGUUGACUCGACCCAGUUUCCAUGUCGUUACAAAGGUCUCACCCUUCUUGCAGUCACGUGAUCUGUUCUAGGGUGUUUCCAUUCUCUUUCGUUUGGUAGACUUGAAUGUAACCUGGGAACGAAGUUACGUCGCACCUCUCUCACGUCGUUAACGUAUUGCCGCAAAACAAUAUCUAUUAAUAUUUGAGUUUUUUUUCUCUUCUUGAUGAUAGACGUUGAUGAGUGCAUGUCUAUCGAUUGUGGAAUGGAUGGUGAAUGUACCAACACCUUGGGAAGUUUCACAUGUGACUGUGAUCCGGGAUACGUGGCCAAUAAAAGCAACAUUUGUGUUGGUAGGUGUAACAGUGAAAUCGUUCAUGGUGUUGCUUGGCAAAGCAAUUCCUACUCUGUUUUCCGGUCAAAAAUAAUCUUGCAACUUCCAAUGUCCUUCGUUACUCUAUGUGAAUUGCUCAACAGACAUUCUGCCUUAAGCCCAGGGGCCACACGCCUUUGACUACUAUUGAUUGGUUUAUCAUUAUAGGCCCCGUCUGCAAAUGUCAAUGGCCGUUACUUAGCUUUUCGUUUAACGGGACACGUUUAAAAGUAUUAUUAUCAAAAUCUGGAAGAUGUUUAGUUUCAAAGUAGAGAAAUACAGUAGGAACGUAAUGCUGUUAAGUUCAAGGGGCACCUCUUAAAGAAAUUUAUCAGGCUAGAAAUUGUUUAAAAAUGCGUAGAUACUUAGAAUUUGAAAGAAUUUAGUUCUGAUAAAAACUUAGAAACAAAUUUGAUAGCCUUCCCCUUUUCUGUUUAGACAUUGAUGAAUGCGAGAUGAAGACUCACAAAUGUGACGCUAUUGCAAACAGUUAUUGCGUCAACGUUAAGACUAUUUUACCUACCGACACCGGCUACACCUGCGAGUGCCAAUCAGGAUUCAGGAAAGUCGGAAAAAGCUGCAUUCAUGAAGGUCAGCGGAUAAUCUUUCAACUAGAUAUUAACUAGUUUUUUGAGUUGGUCCAUUUUUAAGCUCGUCAGGCUAUUUAACAUUAGAGACGUACUGCUGGCAGACGGAGUGGAGAGAAUUUUUGAACAUGUUUGCAACUAUCCAAGGGAAAGUACAGAGAAAAAAACUGUUGGUUUGUCAAUCGUGGCUAAACUUAGACAGAUGAGAGGCCUUUGAAAAAAAAGGUUUAAGGAAAGAGUUGUAGAGAGGAAUGUUUUUAAUUAUUACAGGUAGCACAGGAGAGCUAAUAAAGAUCUUGGCAAUGAUUAUUGGUGGAUUUCUUGGGAUUCUUUUUCUUAUCAUAAUUGUCGCACUGGUGUACAGAAAAACAAGAAACAGGUAAGUGAAUAGCUCUGUAGUUUCACAACCACUGACAUUCCUUUGUUUUGUCACCGCCACCACCACCACAGUUCUACUAACAACGUCAAAUAAAAUUUGACUGUUACAGUGAACCAGAAGAAGAAGAAGAAGAAGAAGAGAAGACAGAGGAGAGCCCUGUAGUAGUAGCUCCUGUCGUUGGUAUGCCUCCCCCUGUGGACUUUGCUUACCUGGAAAUGCCUCAAAACGAUCAAGGACAACAGGAGGAGGAAUGGGGGGAAGAUGAAGAAGAAGACACUGAGUAG